AUGCGUGCCGCCCUCGGCCUGCUCCUCCUCGCGCUCAGCGGUGCCGCCGCGCGGGGCGACGACGACAACAACGACGACGACCACCGCCACAGGGUUGCCUGCCCGACGUCCUCAAAGGCGGCGGCCUCGAGCUCCUCGGCCAAGGUCUCGGUGUUGAGCUCCUCGGCCAAGGUCUCCGUGUCGAGCUCACCGUCCAAGCCAUCCCCCUCGGUCUCCAGCUCGUCCUCCGUGUCUUCGGCGUCGAGCUCUUUUUCCAAGCCCUCGGCCUCCGCCUCCGCCUCUAGCUCGUCGUCGUCCAAGGCCGUCGCUCCUUCCCCCGUGCCGUUCUGCACCAAGAACGCCGAUCUCGUGGCGCUGCUCAAGAGCGUACCUUCCGUCAAUGACAUUUGUUCGUUCCUCGGCGCGCCGCUCACCGCCGCUGCCACAAUCACGACGACCUCGACCCCGCCCGGCGUCACGUCUACCGCCACCUCGUUCACCACAUCCACCAGCACCGUCACAGACGUGGUCACUAGCACCGCGGUGAACACGCUCACGCUGGGCGCGACGCUCACCGAUACGGCGACGUCCACCUCCGUCCUCGAGGUGGACAUCACCUCCACCUCGGUCCUCCCCGAGACUUUCACAGCUACCGCGACCAAGACAUUCACCGACAACUUUAUUGUUAUGGCCGAGACUACGCUCACUGUCCCCGAGGUAGACACUCUUACCCUCACUACCACCCUCACGACGACUGUGACCGCAGGUGCGGUGGUGACGCCUGUACGCCGCGGGCUCGUGCUCCCAUCUUCCCUCAAGGGCCAUGCACUCGACACUAUCCGCCAGGCAUGCGGGUGCAUCACUCUCCCGGCUGUCACCAAGACCUCGACACUUCCUGCACCUGUUGCCACCACGACCGUCGUCUCCGUUGUGCCCGCAGUCCAGGACACCACGAGCACCCUGGUCGUCGGUGCUACGCAGACCGUGACGGCCACCUCCACCACGACGGUAACAUCUGUCGCAGUCAGCACUUCAACCGCAACGCACACCGCCACCUCCAUCCUCGACACCACGCUCACCUCGACGACGCCGACGAUCGUCGACGAGACUUCGACCUUGGUGCAGACGCUAACCGCCACCUCGACGCAGUUCGUGACCGUUACGGCGACAGCCACCGCGACGAGCACUGCGCCCGCUGCACCAGUCCCAACGGUCAACCUAGUCCAGAACGGCGAUUUCCAGAACCCCAACAUCAACGGCUGGACAGUCGCGAAGCCGGGCUCGACCCUCCUGCAGUUCGCGCUCGACUGUGGCGGCACACCGUACUGCCCGGUUCUGUUCACGCCGUCGGGUGGCUCAAUUAGCCUCUCGCAGACGAUUACAACUGUUCCGGGACAGACGUACGCCGUGUCUUUCCAGUGGAAUUUCAUGACCUACAUGCCGCAAGGGGUCCAGAUGUCGUGCAACGCCGGCAGUACGCAGUGGACACUCGACGACGGGCCCACCAACCCGACCGCCGCGACCCAGAACGUGUGGAACAAGUUCAGCAACACCUUCGUCGCGGCAUCCACGUCCACCACGUUCUCGGUCACUCUGAUGUCGAUGCAAUACACGCGCGUCGAGUACACCCUGUUCAACGUCCACGCUGUGGUCUGA